UUAAAAUAAUAGGUAUAAUAAUUCCUUUGUUGUAAACUUUGUCAGGAUUCAGUAAUAACAAGUUGUUAUUAUAUUCAAUUAUAUUAACAACUUAUUAAACAAAAUUAUUGACAACAAUAAUUACAACAUUUUCAAGUAUAUAUAACCUGUGAAUUAGGAUAACUUGAUAUAUCCAAUAUCAAAAUUGAAACUUGAUAUAAUCAAGGAUAACAAUAGCAAAAUUAACGGUCAAACCAGGUCAAACGUACAAAAUUGUCUAAUUGGAAUUCAUCAUUGAAUUAAUACAUUUAUGUAAAAGUAAAAAAAAAUCAAAGGAUCAAUUAAGAGUUUACUCAAAAUGAGUGCAAAAGAAUUAUUUGUUGAAAAAGACCAACAAAUAUCUGAUGAUGGUGACAUGAAUAAAAAAAAAGUUGUCAUCAAUUCACUGGAUUAUGACUCGUUAGCAAAAAUCAUCAUGUUGUUGCCAAUACCAGAAAGGAUAGACAUGGAAAAAGUUUGUGCCAAAUGGAAAGAGGCAUCCCAACUAGCUUGGUAUGACAUUAAAAAAUACAAAUGUCAAUCAUCAAUUGGACAUUCUUAUAAAAAUUAUUUGUUGACACAAUCAUACCUCCAGAAAAUAUUAUUAAGAUGUGGUAAUUAUUUAAAAGAAUUGUCUUUCUCAGAUGUUUGUGAUUCAAGUAUCAUGUCAAUUGUUGGUGAUCACUGUAAAAAUUUAACAACCUUGGAAUGUAAAUUUGAUGAUAAAUCCUUAAUUUAUAAUGCUGAUCACAUUGUUCAAGCAUUUACACAGUUGGAUAAAUUAAAAUGCAUUAAAAUAGUACUGAACGACAUAAUAAUAAAUAAAACAAUUAAUCUAUUGGAAAUAAUUAAUAGUCUUCCAGAAGAAAUUAAUGAAAUUCAUAUACUUUAUAAAUAUUGGUACGAUGAACGAGCAGUUCUUUUCACUUUAAAAAAAUUUAAAAAUCUUCAAAGCUUGACUUUACAUGGCUUCUACGUAGACGUGCUAAUUCUUCAAGAAAUAGCAGAAGCAACAACACUUGCUCAUCUUAACAUUCACUUAAAUGAUAAACAAAGAGAGUUUCCUCUAUUCGAUAAACUCGUUAAUUUAGAAUAUAUUAAAAUAAAGAGUGAAAAUGAAGAAGAUAUAGAAGAAAGAGAAGUCUCUACAAAAAUAGUCAACACUAUUUUUUGUAAAUGCAAAAAUCUAAAACAUCUUGAUAUUCCAAAUGACUUUUGUGAUCUUGCUAAAAUUCCUUUGGCAAAAUGGGAAAACUUAAAAAAUUUAGAAUAUCUUCGUUUAUCUUGUUAUGAAGUAUUACCUGACUUAGCAGAUACAAUUGUUAAAUACUGCAAGAGUUUGAAACACUUGUUCAUGAAACCUAUAUGUCCUGAAAUAGAGACAAAUGUUGUAAAAAAGUUAACAAAAUUGGAAAAUCUCGAAAGUUUAGAGAUAAGUUAUAAAUGGCUCAGUGAGGAAGCAAUAAUCGCAAUUUCAAACAAUUGUAAAAAACUUAAACGUUUAGAACUUGUUUAUUGCACCUUAGUACCGACAGGUAUUGAUGAUGGUGACCUGUCUUCUCCAUGUGUUCUUGAUGAGUUAUCAAAACUACAAUAUCUUGAACAUCUAAGCUUGAAUUAUACAGAUAAUAUUAAAGAUAGUACAAUCAUUGCUAUUGGUAAUAAUUGUAAAAACCUAAAAAGUUUACAUAUUUGUAAUGACAAUGAUAAUAUUACUGAAACAGCUUUUGUUGCUUUAACAAAGUUGGAAAAUUUAAAAAUACUAAAAGUAGACUAUUGUAAUAUUACAGACAGCUUCAUUAUCAGGAUAAAAGGAUUAAAAGAAUUGCAUUGUGCUCAAUGCAAGAAUCUUACUGAUACUGGUAUUAUUCAAUUCAUAAAAAAUAAUCCAGAUCUUGAAAAGAUUGAUGUUGACGGUAUAGAUAAUAUUACAAUGGACUUGGUUAUUGGUGCUGAUCAGGCAACUAAAAAUCGUACAAAUGGUAUCAUUUUACACAUACGAAUGUCUGAUAGAUCAAUAAUUGAAGCUUCAAAGUCAAUAAUUAAAUCUCAAUGGUUGGUUGUUAAAUAGAUUCGCCUAUAGUUAUCAUAUACUUUUAUUUCUAAUUUACGCGUAAUAUUCUCCCAUAAUUCAUUUCUAAAAAUACAUACAAAUUGACAUGGUCAAGACAUUGUAAAAGAACAUUUUUAUUAUAACUUAGUUUCGAUAUUACUUUGAAUCAUAAAAAUUUUAAUGACAAUGUUAAUAUUUUUGUAAAGCAAAGUUUAAAAAUAAAUAUACUUUUUCAAA